CCCCUCCGCCACCGCCUGCUUGUCAAACCAAGCCUCCUCCUUCGCUUACUGUCCCCUCCCAGCGGGUCUCCCUCCCUUCACUCUGCAGUGUAACCCUCGGUAAAGGGGAGAGAAGGAGAAGAGAGUCUGAAGCUGGGUGGAAAGCCAGGACGAGACCAAAGAGAGUACCACAACAAUAUAUAUUUUUUUGUUAUUUCUCGCCACAGCUCGGCGGCACUACCGACUCCCCCUCCCCUGUUGUAGCUCUUCUUCACUCACAUCGCCUGGACUUCAUCAUUCGACUUGCAAGAUGGGAAAUGAAGCCAGUUUCCCCCUGGAGAUGUGCUCACAUUUCGAUGCUGAUGAGAUUAAGAGGCUAGGGAAAAGGUUUAAGAAACUCGACCUAGAUAACUCCGGCUCACUCAGCGUGGAGGAGUUCAUGUCGCUGCCGGAGCUGCAGCAGAACCCGCUGGUGCAGAGGGUUAUCGACAUAUUCGACACAGACGGGAACGGAGAGGUGGACUUUAAAGAGUUCAUCGAGGGAGUCUCGCAGUUCAGCGUCAAGGGAGACAAAGAACAGAAACUCCGGUUCGCUUUCAGGAUCUACGACAUGGACAAGGACGGCUACAUUUCCAAUGGCGAGCUCUUCCAGGUGCUGAAGAUGAUGGUAGGCAACAACCUGAAGGACACGCAGCUCCAGCAGAUUGUGGACAAAACCAUUAUCAACGCAGACAAGGACGGAGACGGAAGGAUAUCCUUUGAAGAGUUUUGUGCAGUGGUCGGGGGUCUUGAUAUACACAAAAAGAUGGUGGUGGAUGUGUGAGCACUUUUUUGCUUGCUGCCCCCCC